GCUCACUCCAAAAUUUCAAUUUCAAUUUCUCCAUCUCUCUCUCUCUCUCUCUCUCUCUGUCUCUCUCUCUCUCUCUAUUACUUUGCUAGUGAGCUCUUUUUGCUUUGGCUUCUGUUCUGACCCACCGAUUAAUCCUUUUUUAUGGAGGUAUGAUUCAAUUUCAGUUUUUUUUGCCCCAAUUCGCCGUAACCCUCUACCGUGUUCGAUUCGAUGUAUGUUCUCCUUUGCAGCUCAGCUUCUUCAUGAUCUUUAAUUAGGGUUUUGUUCGGGCUCUUAGGACUAUUGGACAUGGGGAAGGGUAUUGUGUGAUGGGCUUGUGUAGACCAUGGGAAAAGGUGUUUCAAGAGAGCACUUUCAACCCAAGACAUGUUCUGGGAAGAAAGAUAAUUUUAAAAAUAUUGUUUUCAUUGAUGUAGACAGUGAUCAAGUUGAUGAUGUAGUGAUCAUAGAUUUCCCCGAGUUCAUGUCUAAAUUGCAUGGAUCCGGUGCGCCGAGUAGGGAUAGAGUAUUUACGCCGCAAAGUGUUAUCAGUAUUGAUGAUGAUGACGAUGAGGAAAGUGAUGAUGUGGAGCGUCCUGGGAUUGUUGGUGAAGGUGUUGGGGAAUUGGAUAGCGAUGCCUCGUCGAGCAAAAGGUUUUCUCCUGAGUCAAGUGGCAUGCGGAAUUCUGUACACAUAAAUGUUGAUAAUAGUGUCUGUGAGAAAGAUUUUGGGUCUAACAGGCAAAAAAGUAGAAAAGCAUGCUUUGCUAAGGAUACUGGCAGAAAUCACUUUGGUUUAGAUGGGUGUGAAAGCAAGUCAUCUGAGAGUGAUUGCUCUGAUUGUGAACUGAUGGAACGUGAACAGUGGGAAAAGAUUUCACUUAAGAGAAAGCGUAGUGUGUUUAAUGAUCAACCUUCUUAUAAUGAUCAUGCUAGUUCUUCCCGUUUACAUCGAAAUAGUGAUAUUUACAUUGAUAUUGAUGUGGAAAAUUGGAGUGAACAGAAUGAAGGAGGCGCCACUUAUCCUGGCCCUGACAAUGGUAAUUAUGUCAAGGAGAAUCAAUCCUCCUUUUCUGUUAAGGGUGAUAGUCAAGUAGAUGGGAUUUAUUUUAAUUUGGGGACAGAAAAUUCUAUCAAGAAUUCUGAUCAGAAAGUUGAGCAAGGGACUUCAAAAACUCUUAGGUCUGAAUCCAUAGAGGAAAUGCAAUCAUUGCAUCGAAGGUCUGAUAAUGAGCAUGGAAAAAGUACAAGAGGAACAGAUUUCCAUCCCUGCUCUGGGAAUAAAAACUCUAAUUUCUGUAGUGGUGUUACUGGUGCUUCAUGGUUCAACACAGAAUUGGGUGGUAGAGAGUCUAAAUUUGUGAACUUGAGCCAAGAAGCACGUGAAAGGCAAGUUGACAACAGUGGAUCUGCGCUCAAGAGUAAAGAUGACAAUUUAUCUGAAGCGAAUUCUAACUCUACCUUUAUUGAUGAAAGAUGUGUUAAUUGUGAUGGCCUUGCAUUAAAUGAUCAAGUUUGUGGUCAUAGUGCUUCAAAUGAGACAUAUAUAAUUAACGAAAGAGAAAAGCUUAAAGAGACUGAUGAAUAUAAACAAGCCAUGGAAGAGGAAUGGGCAUCCAGGCAGCGACAAUUGCAAAUUCAGGCAGAGGAAGCACAGAGAUUACGGAAAAGAAAAAAGGCUGAAAGUCAGCGAUUAUUGGACAUGCAAAGAAGGCAGAAAGAGCGCAUUGAAGAAGUGAGGGAGACACAAAAGAAGGAUGAAGAAUUUAUGAAUCUGAAAGAGCAAUUGCGGGUUGAAGUACAGAAGGGGCUUAAUGAAUUGGAGAAUCAGUGCAGAGACAUGACCUCACUGCUGCGUAGCCUAGGAAUACACGUGGGAGAAAGCUUUUACCCUUCGCCCAAUGAGGUGCAUGCAGCAUAUAGACGGGCCUUGUUGAAGUUUCAUCCUGAUCGUGCGUCGAAAACUGACAUUCGCCAGCAGGUUGAGGCUGAGGAGAAGUUCAAGCUCAUCUCUCGCAUGAAGGAGAAGUUUUUAUCGGCUCCAUUUUACUAAAUGCUAGCAACUGUAUCAAUAUGGUUGUCGGUGUUUGGGGUUUCAAUUGAAGUGCCUUUACUUCAUAGCUUCUUUCUUUUAACUGUAUUUAUCAUUCUCCCCUCCCUUCGCCCAAAUUUUAUAGCAGAUAAUAGGUUAAUUGACUAUAGAAUAUGUGAAAAUUUCAUCCCUUAUAUAUAAUGCCAUUUUUUUGAGGAUGAACAGUAUACAUAAUAUUACUGUCCUCACGCUAUGCUAUUUGUACAUGUUAAUGUCACUAUAAAGUGGGGUUCGAUAAUAGAGGAAACGAAGGGAAGAGGCAAACUAAAUUUUUUUAUUGAGUGAUAAAGUUAAU